UACGUCAAGAGCGAAAGCAGCCACGCGCAGACUUUUAAAUCACAACAUUACAUCGGUUGCCGUUACUCAUAAACCGCGAUAAAGCGACGCGGCGACUGAACAUGUUGUCACUGACCAUCGCUGGUGGGAGCGAUAAGGUUCCAGCAUACUCAGGAGGACCUUCCCACUUCCUUUUUUUAGUUUCAUUCGAAGCCAGCUGCCGUGGCUGGUAGCUUUGUGAGGAGAAUCGAGAAAUGGCGGUUCAAGUCAACUUGAGGAUAGUGAUAGUGUUUACCGUGUUUUCAACGGUAAAAUCAAGUGUUCAACAAGAUAGCCACCUUUUAGUACCUAGAAAGACUGGCAGUACGAAAGGAUUUUAUAACAUUUUACAGCGCGCGACUUACCUAGAAAAAACACAGCGUUAUGGUGAGGAAACAUUUCUCCAUAAUGGCUACAGAGACAAUCCGAAGACAAGAAGUUUGACGAAACGUUCGAAAGACGGUGAUUGCUCUGCUGACCACUUUACGAGAGACAGCGUCCACAAAAAUUGUUUGAAACCCUGUUCACCGGACAACUGCAUUAACGGAAAGUGCGAGGGUCUCACCGAAUGCAAGUGUAACGACGGAUACAUCAAGUCCCAAACCAAUAGCUUCAUCUGCCAUCCAAAGUGCAGGCCCUGCCAGUCUGGGGAAUGCAAUGAGUCGCAACUCUGUACCUGCGACGAAGGUUACAGAUUAAGUUCGAACCAACGAACUUGCGAACCGAUAUGUAAUGAGAAACGAUGUAAUGGAAAAGUUUGCAUCUAUCCGGAAUCCUGCAAAGAGGAUCUAACUAAAAACAACGUUACAUACGGUCAGUUUUGUAAUGCGAAGUGUGAAUUUGGCGAAUGCGUUGGUCCUAAUACGUGCAAAUGCUUCGACGGUUACCGUAAGAAUGAAUAUGGUCAGUGUUUCGUUUUAAAUUGCACGAAAAAAUGUGGAUAUGGCAGAUGCGUUGUACCUGAUACCUGCAAGUGCGAGGACGGCUACACGAAAAAUAAAAAUGGCCAGUGCACUCGUCCAACGUGCAAACCAGAGUGCAAAUUUGCAACAUGUACCGGUCCCAAUUACUGUAAGUGUCUUCCGGGGUACGAGAAAGUCUUUGAGAAUGCGACAACCUGCAAUCCGGUCUGUAAAGGAUGCGGCAAGGGUACCUGCGUUGGCCCUGAGACUUGCCACUGCGAUAAAGGAUUCGGCAAUCCCAAAAAUAAUAAAGGAAGCUGCAUUGCAUGCGAGUCGAAGUGUAAGCAUGGCAGGUGCUCUAAUAAAAGAUGCGAUUGCUCUCCUGAUUGGACGGGGAAAUCCUGUACCGAGUCACUUUUGUGCGUCAUCAAGAAUCCUCAUAACUAUACACACAUAACAAAUGCGCAGGGAGAUUCGAGAGGAACGAAUUAUACAACGAAUGACUAUCAAAUUAUGACGGACCGACCAAUUUGUAAGCCGGAAUGUUUCGACCAACUCAAGUAUGGCAGUAUAAAGCUCGUUGAAAGACCCGAGCAAAUGGACGAUCUGAUUAUGAUCGACGCACCGACGCGAUUUAUGGCCAACGAAUACACCGAGGAAAAUACACUUCCUAUGGCCACUGGGAGUGGUAGGUGA